GUGGGCUCGGGCGAGUGAGAGAGCGCGGUGGGGCGGGGCGGGAGAAAGUGGCCGCCUGGAGGACGUUGGCGUUGACGCGUGGCGGAGCGGAAGAGUUUUGCUUUUCGUGCGCGCCUUCGAAAACCGCGCCUGCUGUUGGCUGAGGGGGUCAGCCCGGAGCCUCCCCUUCUCCGCCCGCGGCCCCGCGCCGAGCUCGCCGGCCCGAGUCAGCGUGGGCGAGUUAGGAAGCGCGCCCGACCCGCGUCCCGCGCCCGGAGUCGCUCCCUGAGUGCCAAUGGCCACGCGGGUGCUGACCAUGAGCGCCCGCCUGGGACCCGUACCCCAGCCGCCGGCCCCGCAGGACGAGCCCGUGUUUGCGCAGCUCAAGCCAGUGCUGGGCGCCGCGAACCCGGCCCGCGACGCGGCGCUCUUCCCCGGCGAGGAGCUGAAGCACCCGCACCACCACCCGCAGGCGCAGCCCGCGCCCCCGCAGCCGCCGCAGCCGGCGCCGCCGCCCGCCGCGGGCCCGCGGCUGCCCCCCGAGGAGCUGGUCCAGACACGAUGUGAAAUGGAGAAGUAUCUGACACCUCAGCUUCCUCCAGUUUCUAUAAUUCCAGAGCAUAAAAAGUAUAGACGAGACAGUGCCUCAGUCGUAGACCAGUUCUUCACUGACAGUGAAGGGUUACCUUACAGUAUCAACAUGAACGUCUUCCUCCCCGACAUCACUCACCUGAGAACUGGCCUCUACAAAUCCCAGAGACCGUGCGUAACACACAUCAAGACAGAACCUGUUACCAUUUUCAGCCACCAGAGUGAGACGACCGCCCCUCCUCCGGCCCCGACCCAGGCCCUCCCUGAGUUCACCAGUAUAUUCAGCUCCCACCAGACCGCAGCUCCAGAGGUGAACAACAUUUUCAUCAAACAAGAACUUCCUACACCAGAUCUUCAUCUUUCUGUCCCUCCCCAGCAGGGCCACUUGUACCAGCUACUGAACACACCGGAUCUAGAUAUGCCCAGUUCUACAAACCAGACAGCAGUAAUGGACACUCUUAAUGUUUCUAUGUCAGCCGCCAUGGCCGGCCUUAACACACACACCUCUGCUGUUCCGCAGACUGCGAUGAAACAGUUCCAGGGCAUGCCCCCUUGCACAUACACAAUGCCAAGUCAGUUUCUUCCACAGCAGGCCACUUACUUUCCCCCGUCACCACCAAGCUCAGAGCCUGGAAGUCCAGAUAGACAAGCAGAGAUGCUCCAGAAUUUGACCCCACCUCCAUCCUAUGCUGCUACAAUUGCUUCUAAACUGGCAAUUCACAAUCCAAAUUUACCCACCACCCUGCCAGUUAACUCGCAAAGCAUCCAGCCUGUCAGAUACAACAGAAGGAGUAACCCUGAUUUGGAGAAACGACGCAUCCACUACUGCGAUUACCCUGGCUGCACAAAAGUUUAUACAAAGUCUUCUCAUUUAAAAGCUCACCUGAGGACUCAUACUGGUGAGAAGCCGUACAAGUGCACCUGGGAGGGCUGCGACUGGAGGUUCGCGCGCUCGGACGAGCUGACCCGCCACUACCGGAAGCACACCGGGGCCAAGCCGUUCCAGUGCGGGGUGUGCAACCGCAGCUUCUCGCGCUCCGACCACCUGGCGCUGCACAUGAAGAGGCACCAGAACUGAGCCCCGCCGGGCCUGUGCCCGCCACGCCGACGCGCUGCAGGUCGUUUGGCAGAGUUUCAAACUACAAACUUAACUAUAUCUAUAAAAAGAAAAA